AAUGAAACUAAACAAAACUGUUUCGUCUUGUUGGUUGCGUCUGCUAAAACCCUACUCCUCGAGCUUUCACUGGACUUCGACAAUGGCGGCGUCAGCUAAAACCUCCGAGGGUAUGAAGACCGUAGAUGAAUCCGACGUGGGCAUCUCCUGUUUCAUCUCCCAGCUCCCUGGCUUCCGCGGGAUUCUCAAACAAAGAUACGCAGACUUUAUUGUUAACGAAGUGGAUAUGGAUGGCAAUGUUGUUCGUUUGACAUCACUGGAUGUCUCUCCUGAGAUGGAUGUGAAGGAGGAAGAUAAAACGAAAAGUUCAGAUGAUGUACCACAAAGCUAUGCUUCUGCAAUUGAAUCCUUCAGAUCUCUUUGCAGUGCCUCUGAUGCAGAGCGUAUGGAAACUUUGGUUAACCAAGUCACUUCAGGAGCUGAAGAUGAGAUCUCACCGGUUGUUCUUGAUCCAAGUUCUGACAAGUCCAAGAGAACGGCUAUCCACAACUUUGUUAAAGAAAAAUUCAAGUUUCUAGUGACCGACACGGUAGAUGGUCCAGAUCCUAGUUCGAAAUGCAUCCGCGUGCGAGUAAAUUCAGGAAACGCUGGAUGUAAAAGAUCGAAAAAGCGCAAGGAGAGAGGUGAUAAGCCGUUUGAUAGCAGAGGCUCAGAGCAUUGGCCAGCGGAUGUUGGCAAGUUUCUCAAGUUCCAUCUCUACAAGGAGAACAAAGAUACACAAGAGGCCUUGGGAUUGAUCGGAAAGAUGCUUGGCGUUCAGCCAAAGUCCUUUGGAUUCUCUGGAACAAAAGAUAAGAGAUCUGUUUCAACUCAACGUGUAACUGUGUUCAAGCAGCAAGCUAGCAAAUUAGCUGCGCUUAACAAGAGAUUGUUUGGGAUCAAAGUUGGUGACUUCUGCCUUGUCAAAGAGGGCCUUCUCCUUGGACAGCUAAUGGGAAACAGAUUUACCAUCACAUUAAGAGGAGUGGUUGCGGAUUCUGAAGAGACUAUCAAAAAGUCUGCAGAGUCCUUGGGGAAAGAUGGCUUCAUCAACUACUUUGGCUUGCAGCGUUUUGGAAGUGGUUCAGUACCAACCCACCAUGUUGGAGCCGCACUACUCAAAGGAGAGUGGAAAGAAGCUGUAGACAUGAUUCUUGAUCCAAGAGAAAGUGAAAGAAAUGUUGUAAACGAGGCGCGGGAAUAUUACAAAGAAACUGGCGACAUUGACGGGACUCUAAGGCAACUACCGCGAUACCUAGUUGCUGAAAGAGCCAUUCUGCAGUGUCUGAAGAAAUGUCCUGGGAACUACCUGCAGGCUCUGAAAGGCAUACCCAGAACUUUGAGAAUGAUGUAUGUACAUAGUUAUCAAAGCUACUUAUGGAACAAUGCAGCAAGUCUGCGCGUCCAAAAAUACGGGACCAGCCAAGUUGUGUUGGGGGACUUGGUGAGUACAAAGGUAGAUGAUGCGAAGAGAAUCGUUAGCAGUUUGAACUCUGGACAGAAGGAAAACAGCGAGGAGGCAUUGGAUUGUGACCAGUUAGAUGAUACUGCUGUUGUUGAUCUUCCAGGAGAAAGGAGUGACCUCGUUAAGGUUGUAGGUAUAGAAGACAUUGAAGCUGGAACUUACUCGACCAGUGACAUCGUCCUCCCUCUACCUGGUUCAAGAGUUAUUUACCCAUCCAAUGACAUUGCUGAAAUUUUUCAUGAUUUGGCAAAGAAGGACGGUAUCAGCCUAACAGAGAGCAUUCACGGUGUAAAGGAAUUCUCAAUAACUAGCAUGACUGGUGGUUAUAGACGUGUUUUCCAGAAGCCAAUUGACUUUGAAUGGGAGUUACUGACUUACACUGACAGCAAUAAACCAUUGGCAGAGACGGACCUGGACAAGAUAACUAUGGAAAAGAUUGAAUCUGCUGAAGAAACUGAACCGAUGAAAACCGAUAGCAACCAACCAGAAUCCUGUGAAACUGAUUUGAAAGAUGCUGAGCAGACACAGCGGGCGCUCAAAAUGGCACUUACUCUUCCAUCUUCUUGUUAUGCAACAAUGGCAAUCAGAGAGCUGUUAAAGACGUCAACUUCUGUUGCAUAUCACAAGACACUAAACUAGUGAUUAACACACUGAUAAGAAACCAUCUGCUCGACAUCUUUUCUGGUUUCUGUUAGUAUGUUUUAGUUGCUUCAGAGUCUAUUCAGAAUCCUAUCUUCUUCUUUUUUCAUUUAUCAAGGAUUGUAUCUUCUCUAAUUCAACGUUGUAUACUGGAAUUUUUCUGAAAUAAGCAUCAAACUGACAAUGAGAGUUGUAAUUU